GAGGGGAAAGAAAAGGGAAAGAAAAGGGAAGGGGGGCUCAAGAAGAGAGGAGUGUAACAGGAAACCAGUCCACCCUUCUCUCCCUCUCUCUCUACCUCUCAGUCUUCUCAACCGCUCUCUUCUCUGUCCCGCAGUCAGCCGGUUGGACUAACACCUCUCUUCACUCUCACUGGGGAAGUCCACACAACCCUGUAUUUCUUCACCACGUCUGUGACUACAGCACUCACCCGCUCUCUGCUCAGGGAGGAAGCCUUAGAAGGUGGGCUGGUCUGGGUGUCUCUCCUCAGCAGUCAUGGGGAGGUCAGGAGCGCUCAGGGUUUGGCCGUUUGGGACGAGCAUGAGGUUGUUACUUCCCCUCGUCCUCUGUGUCACCGGCGUCCAUGGUCUUUUUCCACCACAGCCACGGGUCUUCCUGUCAUUUCAAGAAUUACAGAAAACCCAGUCUUUUGAAUUCUACACUUUGUCUGAGAAGGCCAUGGACUAUAGAAUCCUUUUCAUGGAUGAGGAUCAAGACCGUAUGUAUGUCGGCUGCAAAGACCAUGUACUCUCGAUGGACAUCAACAAUAUCAGCCAGACCACACUGAAGAUCUUCUGGCCGCCAUCCACUAGUAAGGUUGAGGAGUGUCAGAUGGCUGGCAAAGACCCCACACAUGGAUGUGGAAACUUCUUACGAGUGAUCCAGCCAUAUAACAGGACGCAUCUGUUCAUCUGCGGCAGUGGAGCCUACAGCCCAGUGUGUGCAUUCGUUAACCGCGGCAGGCGUCCUGAGGAGCAAGUGUUCCAAAUCUCUUCCAGAGCAGAAUCAGGGAAAGGAAGAUGCUCUUUUAACCCACAAGUCAACACCGUCUCGGUCAUGCUCAAUCAGGAGCUGUUCUCUGGCAUGCACAUUGACUUCAUGGGGACAGACGCGGCUAUCUUCAGGAGCCUGACCACAAGGAACGCAGUGAGGACGGACCAACAUAACUCCAAAUGGCUGAGCGAGCCAGUGUUCAUUGAUGCCCAUUUGAUUCCUGAUGGCUCAGACCCAAACGACGCCAAACUUUACUUUUUCCUGCGCGAGAGACUGACAGACAGUAGUGGAAACACUAAGAACAUCCACACUAUGGUGGCCCGAGUGUGCCCUAAUGACACUGGUGGUCAGCGCAGUCUGGUGAACAAGUGGACCACGUUUUUAAAAGCUCGGCUGGUUUGUUCGGUUCUAGAGGAGGACAGUACAGAGACACACUUUGAUGAGCUCGAGAAUGUGUUUUUAUUGGAGACGGACCGGGGCCUCCUCAUCUUUGGAGUUUUCACCUCUACAAGUUCUGUGUUCAGAGGUUCUGCUGUCUGUGUGUACAACAUGGCCGACGUCCUGACGGUCUUCAACGGACCGUUUGCACACAGGGAAGGGCCCCACUUUCAGUGGGUGGCUUUCCAGGGCCGGAUCCCAUACCCACGACCGGGAACCUGUCCUGGUGGCGCGUUCACCCCUCAUAUUCAGAGUACUAAAGAGUUUCCAGAUGAUGUGGUGACGUUCGUGAGGAAUCACCCCGUCAUGUUUAACCCCAUUUACCCGGUCGGCAGGAAACCUCUUGUGGUGCGGACACAUGCCGAUUAUAAAUACACCUCUAUAGCUGUGGACCAGGUCCCCGCUGCAGACGGACACUACCACGUUCUAUUCCUGGGCACAGAUAAAGGCACAGUACAGAAGGUCGUGGUUCUGCCGUCAAACGGCUCUCUGGAUGAGGAUCUAAUCCUGGAGGAGCUGGAAGUGUUUAAGAAGCAAUCUCCUAUCACCGACCUAAGAAUCUCAUCUAAAAAGCAACAGUUGUAUGUUAGCUCUGAGCAUGGAGUGUCCCAGGUGUCUUUGCACCGCUGCAACGCAUAUGGCUCUGCCUGUGCGGACUGCUGUUUAGCACGGGACCCGUACUGCGCCUGGGAUGGGCUCAGCUGUUCUCGAUUCUACCCUACUAGCAAGAGGAGAAACAGAAGGCAGGAUAUUAUGCAUGGGAAUCCACUGACUCAUUGCAGAGGGUUCAAUCUAAAAGCCUACAGGAAUGCAGUGGAGAUGACUCAGUAUGGAGUCAAAAACAACACCACCUUCCUGGAGUGUCAGCCCAAAUCUCCACAGGCCUCAGUUAAAUGGCUCAUUCAGAGAGACAACGAUCGCAGGAAAGAGGUGAAGCUGAGUGAUCGUGUGGUGUCCACCGAUCACGGUUUGCUCAUCCGUUCAGUGCAUUCUUCAGAUAAGGGUGUGUAUUACUGCCUGGCCACAGAGAAUGGCUUCAAGCGCACACUUGCUAAAAUCCGUCUCCAGGUUCUGAGCGAAACUCUGGUCAGCGCUCUGAGCAAUAAAUAUUCUCCCUGGGGCUGGGCAGCCUCACUGCACCCUAAAGCCCUGGUGUCGGCCUUCAGCCCUGCUGAGACACUGGCCAUGCAACAAUACUGCAAGGAACGCAAACAGAUGCAGAGUCUGCAGAACAUACAGAGCCCCAUGAGAGGCGAGCUGGGUAAACUCAAACCCUUGCUGGACCACAGGAAGAGCAGGAACCGCCGGAACCACUGACUACAGGAAUGGAGUUGAAAUGUAAAGUAAGGAGAUCGAAGCAGAGAUAAUGAAAAGGAAGGAGAUGGAUAGAGAGAUGAUGAAAAGGAAUAAAAGACAUGCAUCUGGAGAGAACCCGGAUGGAAAAUAAAAAAGGAGAACGUUAGAGAAGAUUCCUGUGUUAUGAACCUCAUUUGUUGUUUUUCUUUAAACUUAAAGCAUCUCAGGUGCUUCCUGUUCGGCAGUCUUAUAUACAUGAACACCCAGAGCAGAGGACUCUGGGACACCCUCACACACAGGCACUCAAGCCAAUCUAUGUUUCAAGCUGCAUUAUACAAGAUGCCACAUCUGUCAUCCAGUAGUAUUGUUGUCAUUUUAUGUGCAUGUGACAUUUCACAACAAACGAUGAAGUAAUACAAUGUCCUUCAAGUCCCAGUGAAAUAGCUAAUGAGGACAAGGUUUUUUCUGGGUUUUUAUUCUGUUUUGAUUUAUUUCCUAGUUGGGGCGGGACAUAUGGAGAGGCUAAUCCCUUUUUUAACAGCCUUUAGUUUACAUUACAGACAUGAACUUUUAUUUAUUCUUGCUAAUGCUAGUGAAGUAUUGCCAAAUGGGACGGUCUCAAUCUAUAGUGCAUUUCAUUGGACAUACAUUUGGAUAUACCCCUUAGUGCAACCGGUGUCAUCAGUAUUUUGGUUUGUUUACUGGAAGAUAAAGACUGUAAAUUGCAAAUGCUUAAGAUUUCUCAAAUUAAGACUUCAUAAACUAAAAGAAAUUCAGUUUCUAAUGCAUAUCUUAUUAGAUAUGCAUCAUUAGAGAAUUUGUAAACUUACAGAUGUAAACUUGAAUUAGAUUUAGCUUCUAAGUGAAAAGAAAUUUACAGAAAUCCACAAAAUCUCAGUAUUGAUACCUUGUACGUUCUCUUUAAUAUCCUUGCAGAACAUUGGGAUUAUAAAUGCGUUUAUUCUAGCAAUCCAAGUUUGAUUUACAUGACAUGUUUAGGCCAAGCAAUUUUGGAAAAUUGCCAUUAAUGAAACAAAUGUAUCAAUUCUACUACCUACAACUCUUCCAUACCCCUGAAUUAAGGCAAUCAUUUGUGGAUUAGAGCUUACAGUAUCUCCAGUUUGUUAGUUAAAAAACUAAAUGUUUAUGGUUUCUGAACAGUUUAGAAUAAUAUUUCUUGGAGACAUUGGAGAUUACACAUUAGACCAAAGUACAUCAACCCAGAUGCACCACAGAUGUUCGUAUGGGAAGUGAGAGGGAGAGAAGAUGGUUUGGAGACGUUUCAAACUGUAUCAGACAGGUGGCUCUCUGACCUCAUAACACUAAAGAGUGUUGUCUUUUUGCCAAGUGUUGUGCUUUGGGAAACAUCAUUAAUCCACAACACAUAAUUUAAAGAAAUGACAGUUUAGUUGUCAUUUACUCACCCUCGUGACCUUCCAAACAAGAAGAACCUUGAAUAUAGUGCACAAGUCAUAUGGACAUCUCUUAUGGAACUUUUUUAGCCUUUAAAAGACGACAGAGUGGUCAUGUUUUAAGAGCAGCAUUAUCAUUCUUCAAAAUAUCUCCUGUUGUAUUUCUGAAAGAAAGGAUGAGAUGAGGGAAUAUUAGGACAGAAUUUUCAGAGGUGAACUACUGGUUUAAAAUGUAUGUGCACGUUUUCUUCUUUUACUAACACGGUAUCCACAUUAUUUUGCAACACAGAAGAGUAAUCUAUUUUCUGUGAAUGUGUGAGACUCCUGAUUUAUAAGCCGCAAAAUGUAAAAAACUAGAAUAACAAAGUGCAGUAAACAGUAAAACUAUAUGUGCUUCAAACUAGUGUUUACAAUCAUGGCAAUACAUUAAAAUAAUACGAUAAGAAACCCCAGUUUUUAAUAUCAAGCAGCAAUAUGGACAAUUGAAAGUGAAUGACAAUGGAAGCCUCACAUAUUCAAGUUCCAAAUGGCUGCAUUCUGCUCUUGUCUUGAAAAAUAAAGUGAAUACUGAACCACAAUGAAUCAGUUUAAAGUCUAUAUUUUGUAAAGAACAUUUGCUUUAGCCCCAGAAAUACCAUAGCGUUUAAAUCACGUAGGGAUAGGCCAAAAAAGGAAUGUGAUCAGGCAUGGUUCAUCAUUAUACAGGAACACAUUGAUGUUGGAAAUGAAUGUCAUGUUAAUGUUUUGUGGUUUGCUCAGUGUGCACAGCCAUAAUGUGAUUGUCUCUCAUUUUAGAUGAUGUAUAGCAUUGUACAGCUUCUGAUUUUUGGAUUAAUCUAUGUCUGUGUAACUUAUCUCUUUUUGUAUUUUGAGCGUCUGUAAAUAGUGAGAACAAAUGAGAAAUUGAGUCACACAGUUUGGCAAUAGAUUUUUCUUCAUUCACACAGUUUGUUGGAUGAAUUGGAUUUUGUUUAAUGCCAAACUUCAGAUGUUUUUGACUGAAUCUGCAUUUUGCAGACAUUUCAUGUUCACUUAGUGUCCUCUUCAAAGAACAUUUAUUUUAAUAAUGUUUUAAUAUAAUAGGCUAUAUGCUGUAUUCCCUGUGAAUGUUAAUGUUACUUUAUUAAAUGUCUUGAUUUGUAUAGGCAUAUUUAUUAAUGAUAAAAGCCUGGACAACUGCAUUAAACAAACUGAAUCUCUCUCAUGUUUUACAAAUUAAUCUGAGAAUUGAUUCAUUAUCUGUAACGUUACGGAACAGUAUUCAGAUUAAACUCAAAUGUAAGUCAAGGUGAAGUUGACAUAUGAAACAUAAAAA